AUGACAGGAGUGGAACGACGUGUUGAGACAAUACUGAGGAAUAAAAUAUAUAAUAGUGUUUACUGGAAAGAGCGAUGCUUUGGAUUAACUUCGGACACAAUUUUAGACGAAAUGGUUGGGUUAAAAGAGGUUGGAGGCACAUAUGGAGUGAUGAAAAAGCCAACAAAAUACAUCACUUUAGUUUUGAAACUCCUUACUAUCAGGCCAGAUCGGAAGAUCGUCUAUGAAAUGCUUCGGAAUGCAAACUUCAAGUACGUUCGAGCUGUGGCCGCUUUAUAUCUCCGUUUAGUCAGUUCGUCGGAGGAGUGUUACUUAUUCCUCGAGCCGCUUUACUAUGAUUACCGACCGUUGAAGGUGCGGACCGGCGCUCGUUCGUUUGAGAUUAUUACUAUGGACCAGUUUGCGUGGAAUCUCCUCCACUUGGACUAUUACUGUGAUAUUUCGAUGCCAGUUCUUGCACCUCGGUCGCUUCUUUCCGCCCAAAAAAUCAUGUCCCGUCGUGAAUCAGAAGUCGUCAAAGGGCUCUCACCCGACGAGAUUUCGGCCGUCUUGAGGGAGAUUGAGUGA